GGUGUCUGAUUAAACGAGAAGGAAGUGUGGGAGUGGAGGCUGCGAAGCUCUCCCUUUAAGAGGCAGCCUGCAAUGACGAAUUGUUGAAAUUGCCAUUGCAGGAUGGCAUUCCACUAUAAAUUCAUUGUUCCACCUCCUCUCAUCUUCACAGCUCUCGCUCUUCUCCUCUUGUUCACAUCGGCGGACUGGGGAUAACGCCGCCGCCGCCACCAAACACCCAUUAAACUCGGAGAGGGAGGAGGGGGAACCUUGAGAAUCUGGGACCUUUCUCCCACCCCCUGGCCGGCAAGGGAGGGCUUGUUUUCUCCUACCUCUCUCUCUCACACACACAUUCACUCACUCACUCACUCUUUCUGCCAUCCGCCUCUCCAAACCAACUCAUCAACCCCAAAAACAAGGGGACGGAGGAAGCCGGCGAGACCCUCGGAGCUGUGCCAGAGCCGACCUCGCUCCCGUCGGAUGACUCGGUGGCCGAGAGAGCGAGCGAGAGAGAGCGAGGCGCCAAGUCCCAACUUCGCCGAUGCCUCCUGGCUGCUGCGAGAGCCGCGUCUCCCUCCCACCGCUGCGCUCUUGACUCGUCCGGCGAAGACUUCUCCAGCCUUUUGUUUUCCACCAGCCUGUCCCGUUCGCGCCCCGAUCUGCCCGAUCUCCCGCCCGGAUCGCCGACCCGGCAAUCGAUUAUCCGUCUGCUGCUGCUGCUGCGGAGCCCACCAUGCUGCUGAAGUUGCCUUGCCCUCCGCUGCCGGCGCUGCUGCUGCUUGCAAGCUUGCAAGCGGCUGCCUCGGCCGCCGGAGUUUCCCCGGCAACUUCAGCACCUGCCUAUGAUAAAGCUGUGCAGCUCUCCAAAGCAGCAGCAGCAGCGCCACCGGGCGCUGCGCCCCCCUUCUUCGUCCCGGAGCAGCAGCAGCAGCAGCCACGCGGGUCCAGCGGCCUCGUGGAGCGCGUGGACCAGACGUACUCGGGGGGCGGCAAGGUGGGCUACGUCCUGUACGCCGGCGGGCAGCGCUUCCUGUUGGACCUGGAGAAGGACGCGCUGCUGGGCUCCGCGGAGCAGCUGCUCCAGGGCAAGGGGCGCUGCUACUACCGCGGAACCGUGGAUGGCAGCGCGCAGUCCUUGGCCGUCUUCGACCUUUGCGGCGGCUUGGACGGCUACUUCGCGGUCAAGCACGCCCGCUACACCGUGAAGCCGCUGCGUCUGGCAGACGACGGCGGGGAAGGGGCCGAGGAGGAGGAGGAGCCCGCCCGGGAGCGCAUCUACGACGGGGAGUCCGCGCGGGUGGCGCACCUCUUCUCCAAGGAGCACUUCAGCUUCCAAACGGUGCCUUCUCGGCCCAGCUGCGAGACGCGCGGCUCGCCCAAGGUGCCCUUUCUGGACCAGAAGAAGCUGGGCCUGCGGCAGGAGGAGACGGAUUUCACCACCAGGGCGGCGCUGUCGGGAAACUUCUCCCCGCCGGCCGGCCUCCGAAACAGAAAACGGCGCUCCAUCUCGCGGGCCAGGCAGGUGGAGCUUCUGCUGGUGGCCGACGACUCCAUGGCCAAGAAGUACGGCAAGGGUCUCCAUCACUACCUGUUGACCUUGGCCACCAUUGCCUCCCGCCUCUAUGGACACGCCAGUAUUGAGAACCACAUCCGCCUGGCGGUGGUGAAGGUGGUGGUGCUGGGGGACAAGGAGAAGGGCUUGGAGGUGAACAAGAAUGCGGCCACCACCCUCAAGAACUUCUGCAAGUGGCAGCACCAGCACAACCAACUGGACGACCAGCACGAGGAACAUUACGACGCUGCCAUCCUCUUCACCCGUGAGGAUUUAUGUGGGCACCAUUCAUGUGAUACUCUGGGAAUGGCUGACGUUGGAACCAUAUGCUCUCCUGAGCGCAGCUGUGCAGUGAUUGAAGAUGACGGCCUCCAUGCGGCUUUUACGGUGGCUCACGAAAUUGGACAUCUCCUUGGACUUUCCCAUGACGACUCCAAAUUCUGUGAGGAGAACUUUGGUUCCAUGGAAGAUAAGAGGCUUAUGUCUUCCAUCUUAACAAGCAUUGAUGCUUCUAAACCCUGGUCCAAAUGCACUUCAGCAACAAUAACAGAAUUUCUGGAUGAUGGCCAUGGUAACUGUUUACUGGAUCAACCACGAAAACAGAUCUUGGGCCCUGAGGAGCUUCCAGGACAAACAUAUGAUGCCAUUCGUCAAUGCAAGCUGGCAUUUGGGUCUGAAUACACAGUGUGUCCUGGAAUGGAUGUGUGCUCUCGUCUGUGGUGUGCAGUUGUUCGCCAAGGUCAGAUGGUGUGUUUGACCAAAAAACUCCCUGCUGUGGAGGGGACGCCAUGCGGAAAAGGAAGGAUCUGCCUUCAGGGGAAAUGUGUUGAUAAAACGAAGAAAAAAUAUUACUCGGCUUCAAACCAUGGGAACUGGGGUUCCUGGGGCCCAUGGGGACAGUGCUCUCGCACAUGUGGUGGAGGUGUUCAGUUUGCAUAUCGUCACUGCAAUAACCCUGCACCUAGAAACAAUGGCCGGUAUUGCACAGGAAAGAGGGCAAUCUAUCGCUCCUGUAAUGUCCUGCCGUGUCCUGCCAAUGCUAAAGCUUUUCGCCAGGAACAAUGUGAAGCAAGAAACGGUUACCAGUCCGAUGCAAAAGGUGUCAAAACCUUUGUAGAAUGGGUCCCCAAGUAUGCAGGAGUGCUGCCGGGAGAUGUUUGCAAGCUCACUUGUCGAGCCAAAGGAACUGGCUACUAUGUAGUUUUCUCUCAAAAGGUGACUGAUGGAACGGAAUGCAGGCCGUACAGUAAUUCAGUCUGUGUCCGCGGCAAAUGCGUGAGAACAGGAUGUGAUGGCAUUAUUGGCUCAAAGCUGCAGUAUGAUAAAUGUGGAAUCUGUGGUGGAGACAAUUCCAGCUGCACAAAAAUUAUGGGAACCUUUAAUAAAAAAAGUAAGGGCUACACAGAUAUCGUGAAAAUACCAGAAGGAGCAACACACAUCAAAAUCCGACAGUUCAAAGCAAAAGACCAGAGUAGAUUCACAGCUUACUUGGCCCUGAAAAAGAAAAAUGGUGAGUACCUUGUCAAUGGGAAGUACAUGAUCUCAACCUCAGAAACCAUCAUUGACCUCAACGGAACUGUCAUGAACUAUAGCGGCUGGAGUCACAAGGACGAUUUCUUGCAUGCAAUGGGACAUACAGGCACGAAGGAGAUCCUAAUUGUACAGAUUCUUGCAACUGACCCAACUAAACCAUUGGACGUCCGUUACAGUUUUUAUGUGCCAAAGAAGCCAACCCAAAUGACAAACUCUGUCACCAGCAACAGCAGCAGUAACAAACUGGCAACGCCGCUCACCCAACCCCAGUGGGUGACUGGGCCGUGGCUUUCUUGCUCUCGAACAUGUGACACAGGCUGGCACACAAGAACUGUCCAGUGCAAAGACAGAAAUGAAAAAUUAGCUAAAGGAUGUCUUCUGUCUCAAAGACCUUCAGCAUUCAAGCAGUGCUUGCUCAAAAAAUGUUAACCUGUGGUUCUGUCGGCUUCUUAAAAAGGAGCCUCAUUAAGUCGUAGUUGACAUGUUGACAUAAGGUCUACCCCGGCACAGAGAAAAGCCAACACUUCAAUAUGCUUUCAUGUUGUCUCAAAUUAUGGGCAGAAUCUGCCUAUUUGGACCAAAUGAAGAUAUGCACUGCUCUGAGUCACAGUGAGGUGAUCUUGAUAUGUCAAAGGCACUAAACAUUAGUCGCUACAAGCCCUUUGUAUCUGCAAAUAAGAAGAGGAUAAACCAGUGAAUCAUCUCCCUUAUCUCACCUACCUCUAACACAGUAUGUCCUUAGACAACUUGUCAUACUUACCCACGAUACCACAAUAGCUUUUUUAUACUAUUUGUAAAUAUCUCUGCUUUGGUAUGUCACUUUAUAAUCACUUGAUCAUCUUGUGGAAGAACAAAGGCCUUUCUAUACAACACAAGUGAUUGACCAAAGUAUGUCUGCAGCCAUUGAGGACUCCACCUUUUCAAAAAUGGCUGCGGAUAUUUUACUGGAAAGUUAAAGAGCUUGCUGCUUUAUUUUAAAAAAAAAAAAGAUUUAAUUUUUGACAAAAGGAAAUGCAUUUCCAUCCUAGGAAUUUCCUGACAAGACUUUAGUUCUGUAUUAAUGCCUUUCUAACCAGGUAUUCUCAUACAAGUGGACCUCUGCAGCAAAAAGAGAGAGAGAGAGCUGCUAGUAUGUAUCUUGAAAAUGUAAAAGGGGGGCAUACUUAAUUCUGUUUUAGCAAAUGAGAGGGUCAUGAUCCAGUCCCAUAUGUGCAUCCUUCCACGUGCAGGGAGACAGUGUGAAGGAAUUCUACAUGUGGGAGCAGCACAUAUAAGAGAGUUUGGUAAGGCACUGGAUCACGCCUUCAGUGUCUUCUAUCUCAAAUAUUCUGAUACCUAUUCACAUCUUUUUAUUAGUUUCACAGUGGCUUCUACUGGAAAUCUAACAAUGUAGUGAAUUUGUUAUCUACUGAAGAAGCUAUGAAGAAAUCAAAAUACAUAGCAUAGGUUUCUUGCAUGUAGCAAUGUAUUGUCUAAUACUUCUAAUUUUGGGAUGCAUUUUUACCACUCGGACAACACCAAUCCCAAUGCACAGGCUCAGUUAUGAACCAAGAUAUAUUGUGCACGAACUGUCCCAUUGUUGCGAUGGAGCAUGUGCAAUCUUCUGCACAUGUGGCUUGGGCCGCUCCAUUGAAUUCUUUCAGGUGCACCUCAAAACUCCCAUACAAUUGGGGGUGCCCAUGAUCAAUUUGUUUUAAUUAGUUAAUUUUAAAACAAACAAAAAACAAAACUAUAAAAUAUAUUUAUUUUUUGUGACAUUGCAUAUUUUUGUAGAUUAAGGCUGAAAUCCUAUACCCACUUACUUGGGAGUAAGCCCCAUUGAGUAUAACGGGACUAGCUUCUGAGAAAAUAUGUACAGUAUAGCUCAGCAAGGGCCACAAGAAGUGAUAGCUAUAGUCAGUGCUUUUUUGGGGGGACACAGGGGUACACAUACCCCUAAACAUUUUGUGAAUAUAGUUUAGCCUCAUUGAGGGACAGUAUUUCAAUAUGAGUAGGAAAAUGAGAGUAUCCCUAAACAUUUAUUUUAGGGGGGGGAGCACUGGCUAUAGUCAAUAUUCUGAAGAGUAUUUCCACCAAUAAAAGGGUGCAAUUUUUUCCAGGGCAUAGGCAAAUAAAUUUUCCAUUUUAGAAAGGUAACAUAAAUACCUCGAUCUGAAAUGUGAUGAAAUUAAUUGAAUUUUGGAUGAUGUUUAUAUAAUAUGGAAUAUAUAUAUGUGGGUAUAAAAUCUCAGUAAAAGAAGAUUGCCCCUCUGCUCCUAGUGCCUUCCACAAAUAUUGCAAGUAUGGACAAUUCUUGAUUUUCCAUUGCAAUUUAGUUUUAGAUUUCAGGGGAGUCAGGACUAUAUCUGAAAGUAUCCAAGUUUAAUUUUGAUCUAAAGUAUUUGCACUCCAGCACCAGUUCUGAUGUUGUUCUGGAACAGUGGUUAAAAUGCACAUUCCAAGCAUUUAUUUUCUAAUGUAGGACGUUUUAGGGUGAAUAGAUUGUUAAACCACUCCCAUUUAUAUAGGCCAGGAGUAGGAAACCCUGUGGCCCUCUAGAAAACUAUGUGUUUGCAUUCCUGUUGGCACUCCAGAACCUGUGGCAUUUCAGACAUCUUUCACCAUCCCUGAUCAUUGGACAUAUGAACUAGGGCUGGUCAGGUUUGGUGUCCAACAACAUCGGGAGGGCUAUAGGUUGCCAACACCUGAUAUGAGUCCUGUUUACAGCUAUUUCAUUGGAGUACAGUAGUACUCCCAUUUAUAAGUAAUAGCCUGACUUGAUAAGACAUUAUCAUCAAUGAUGAUUGACAACUGCACUUUCACAUCCAGGUCAGACUGAUGCCCAUUAGGACUGGUAGCGCAGAAGGCAGGGAGACCAACAGUAGACAGAGACAGAGCCAACAUCAGCCAGAACCAGAGCCAAUGACUGGUGGAGCCAAGGAAUUCUCAGUAUGUCUCUAGUCUCUUCUCUGUUGCAUUAUAAAAUGGCAACACCAAGACUAACAAGGAGGAAGCUGACAGCAGCAGCACCCGCUGGACUGAUUGUAGGAAGGCAGGCAUUGUCCUAAUUGCCCUAAAAGACCAGCCAAACAGAUAUGGGUUUGAAGAAUGUAGGUGCAUUUACUAGGUACAUAAUAUGUUGAUCCCAACAAACAGGCGUUUCCAGAAAACACAUUGAUCGAUUAAAACAACAGUUCUCCAGCACUGUUCUAGCAUAUGUAAUUAAGCAUAGCUAGUUGUGGCAGAAUAUGAAUAGGGUUGUGCAUCCAGAUGUAGAUCAAAAAGUGCAUCCCAUCUGUAGCAUUGCAAGGUGAAUUAGCAACAUCCACAUUCAAAUGCACGCCUCCUUUUUAUACCUGUGAUUCCUGUCCAGAGAAAGAGUGACACAUAUGAAAUACACUUCUGCAGAAUGCUUCCACCUGUGACUAUAGGACGAGGAGAGUUAUCAGUUUAGUACAUUCUUUGAUCCACUUUCUGUUCCAAAUUAUAGAGGUCCCCUGACUUUAAACAGUUCUCAUGCCAUUAAACAAAUUCUGAUCUUAUGUGCAUAAUCAAGGAGAUAGAGCUUUCUAUCUAUAAAAGAUGUAGCUCUUUUUUCAGUGAUCUUGGGAUGUGAUCGGUUUUUUUUAACUGAAAGAAAGGGCAGUGCAGAGAUUUUUUUUUAAAACCCAGGAAAUGAACUUCAAGCUGGUGCCAAUCUUCAAUAUUUAAUCUUUUUAUAUUAACUGAAGAAUCAAUCAUAUUUGGCAACAUGUCCAGGAUCACCUUUCAGUACUUGCCUAAAUUCUUUAUGAGCAGAGGCCUGAGGUGCUUGAACAUUAUGGGUUAUAUCCAGGGCUUUUUUCCAGCUGGAACUUGCUGGAACUCUGGCUCCUUUCAAGUGGGUGCCAUUGCCAUUAUAAGGCAGCAAGGGAGGUGCUCUUGGUGAGUUCCAGCAUCUCUUUUUCUAGAAAAAAAGAACUGGUUAGAUCAGUGAAUCAAUGCUCCUAUAUUCUAGGUUGAUGGACUGUAGCCAUCCAGAUGUUGUUGGACUUCAGAUCCCAUCAGCCCCAAUUAGCAUGGCCGAUGGUCAGGGAUGAAGGAAGUGAUAGCCCAACAACAUGUGUAUGGCCACAGGUUCCCCAUCCCUGCCUUACACUCUAGUUUUCCCAAGCAAUAGUAUAGGAAACUUUUAACUGAAAGUAGUCCCUUCAAGAGCAGGAAAGGGAAAACUCAAAAGAAGCAACUGAAUCCAGUAAGCUAAAUGCAGAGAUGGUGUACAUACAGUGUAAUCCUAUACAUGUAGAAGUGUGUGCGAUUGAGUUCCAUGAAGCCAACUUCCUAGUAAGCGUGUUUAGGAUCACUGCCAUCAUGGUCUAAGUUACAUGGGCACAUGUAAGUUACUCAAACUCAGGUAAAAGCAUGGAAAGAAACUGAAUUUUAGUUUCCUUAUUAUAGCAUGAUCCCAGGACAUGUGUGACAUAUGGUAAGCACAGUACACUUUGGCAAGAAAUAAAAAAGGCAAAAUUAAGGAGAACUGUGUGUUUGCCCUUUCCCUGCCCCCUCCCUACCUCUCUUGCUCUCUUCCACAUUGCUUUCUGAAACUGGUGCCAAUUGUGUCACUUUAUAGUUUCUGACUAUGUUUGAAGCAGGUCAGUGCCAGAGACUCAAAUCUAGUCACCACCUGAUGUACUGUUUGGUUAUUCAGAUUUUCUCUGAGAAUUCUACUAGCUUGAAUGGGAGUGUAUCCACUGCUAAAAUCACAACUGGUGCCAUGAUUCAGUGCAUCUCUGCACAGUGAAGGCUAACUUUCCAAAUAAUCCUCUACACUAGAAAGCUGUAAUCCUCAAACCACAUGCUGUCACUGUUUGAAACCUAUUGGGUGGUUUAAAGAUUGAAUAAGGCUGAAUGGAGUAACUUUUCCAUGGAAAUGGUUUAUCCUAUGGGGAAGGAGUGGGGAAUGGUGUUGGUAACUGAUCACAGAUGUAAAAAGAAAAAAAGUAAAUUUAAAAUUUAAAAAAGUAAAAAGUAAAAAAGCAACAUAGCACUGAAAAAUAAAUAAUUUAUUGUUUUUACAAAUUGGUAUGUGAAUGGAUGUAAUGAAUUUAUUUAUUCUUAUUUAACAUGAAAUGCCAAUUGUGAAAAUUCUUCUAUAUUUAAAUUGUUUUGCUAUCACUUCUUUGUCUGUCUUUCCCUCUUUUUUUCCUUUAAUUUAUGCCUUAUAUUUGAAUGGAAAGUACUAUGUGAAUUUAUCAGCACGCAGCACUGGUUGCUUUUAUAUUGUUUUUCUUUGAUUUAUCUGGAACGCGUGUGAAUGUGAAUGUGGUGCAUGCAUGUGAGAGUAUGGUUAAUAGUACAAAUAAAUAUACUUGGGUGAAUGGCUGUGCGGGUGUUAUCACAUAUAUAAACAUACAGAAUGCACAUGCAUCCAUACAGAUAUGUGUCUGUAUAUGUAUACUGAUAUAUUUUGUAACCAUGGCUUUUCUUUUCCUUGCAACUACCUUGCAUUGCAUUAUUUUCAAAGCUUGCAGUUACAGGGUGCAGUCACAGGUUUAAGCAUUGUAUAAGAACCUUCUCCCAUCACCUCAUUCUUGUACCUCCAUCUACCCAAGGCCUGAUUUCAAACAUUAUUUCUGCAGCUUCCUCUAUAGCUUCCUUUGGGGAUGUCAUGGGGAAGCUGUUUGUGCAAAGUAACUCUCUUGUGGUUCCCCUUUAACCAUACCUGCAGCUUCUUUGAAAAUGAUGGGUUUUGGUGUUUUGACAUUAGUGGGCCCCUUACCAUAAAUGGCUUCCCAUGUAGGUGGUAUCUAGGCAGUUCCCCAUUUAAUUUGUAGUUGUGCUGCAAAAAUAAUGUCUGGGUUUGUCUUGCAAGCUCACUUUGAUCUGUUCGCACUACUGGUAUGACAAACUAAUCACACAAACCAUUUUCCAUGGGUAGAAGGCUGCCAGAGAAAAAGCAUAGUUACCACAGAGAUGGCAAUCGGUCUCAUUCAUUUGAUAUCUCAUGUUACGGACAGCCAAGAGCCUCAAAAUCAAUAGGGCCUAAGCAUAUAUCCAUCAUUGUAAUACAUGUUUAUUUCAGUGGGACUUGAAUAAGGCUGUAGUAAAUAGCUGGUGGUUCUAAAAUGCACUUCAUGUGCAUAGCCAGGCAUCUGAUUCAAUGUUCUUUGCAUUUUGAGCGGAACACGCAUAUAUCCUAAAAUACAUGGUUCAUAAUCUAGUGUGCAAAGGUAUGAUGGGGGACCUGAGGUUUUCUGGAGACUCCACAGUACCAAAACCCACAACCAAAUGGGUAUCUCUCAUCCAUCCACUUUCCCACUGCUUCUAGUGAAGCAGUAUAUACAAGAGCUGUUUCUCUUUCUUCCUGCAAAGAGCUUCAGGUAACCUGAAGAUUGGGGGAAACAUCAUUAGCUCAGCCCCAGAGAAGCAAGUACUAGCUUUGGCAUGUCCUCAGUGGAAGCAGAAGCCUGAGGAUGAAGAAAACAUACUGGGUCAUAUUUCUGGAUGUGAAAGUACCAAUGCAUUGAGAAUGCAAAAGCAACUAAAUAAAUCAAUAUUACUGGCUUGUGAAACCAACUUUUCAUAAACCAUACUGUAAAUCCUGCAAUCCUAAGCCUAUUUACCUGGGAGUAAAUCCUAUUUAACUCAAUGGGACUUCCAAGUCGGAAUGUAUAGAUUAAUCUUGGAAGCACCUUACUUGUUUAAAGGCCCCUUCAGUGGUGCAUAUCAGAUACACAAAACAAAAAUUACACCAACCAUAUUAGUGAUUCUGAAACGUAUUUAAUCUCUUCAGGUUGGAAGCCAUUGUCUUUUGCCAACUAGUAACAGAUGGUUGUUCCAUCCAAACGGUUACAACAUAUUACUGGUGCAUCCAGCUACAACAUCUGAAACAUUUUUAAUGGCCAAAAGUCCUAGGAGCUACCACUAUUGCACAUAUAUAACAACAGGUGCAUUUUGUGAAGUAGCUGAAGAAACCAGAUGGCUUCACUAGGUGCACAACAGAAAAGUUCAGACACUUAUUUAAUACUAUGAAUAAUUCCAUGCUGAUCAUUUUGCUGACAAUUCUUCCAAAACAAGUUUUUCAAUUUUCCUCUUAACAAUAGCAUGGUAUAAAUAUGUAAUGCCAUCUAUUUAUGAGAACUUUUUUUCCAGUAGUUCAGGAAUUCUAGCAACCACCCUGCACAGCUAUAUAUAUAGAGAAAGAGAGAGCGCAAUACCAAAAUUUCAAUCUAGUUACGAAACAUUUUUCAGUAUGUAGCAUACAAGUUAAGAUAGUGUGUGUCUCUUAUUAGCUUUCCCUUGUAUGUACCAUUUUAUGUUGUUUUCCAACUGCUACUCAGUCCAGUUUCACAAUUCAGUUGUUUUAGCCCUAGCGAAUGACUUCUGAUGUUCAGGUUUUGCCGCAGUACUGGCCUAUUGAUUACUUUUAUCCUUGAAUGUGUAAACUCAGUUGCUUUAGAAUGUGAAAAACAUUCAGGGGCAGGCACUCUCAUUUCUCAAUAACUCAAUAACUUAUUGGGAAAUAAAUGUUCAUGUCUGUUACACUGGAUUCAGUGAAGCAAUCUAAGCAGGUGUGGUGUCUAUUGUAACAGGUGACUGUUACAGAUUAACACCCCAAAAAUACCAGAUAUUUUGCUAGUAUCUUGUAGUCAGAAAUCACUUAGCCUAAUGCUCCUGCUCCCUGAACUCUUAAUUCAAAGCUGAGAUGUAACAAACAAAUGCCGGAAAAUGUGUUUUCAUGCCAGCUGAAGACUUUUAUGUACAACUAAAUAAUUAGAUGUGUGUGUGUGUGUGUGUGUGUGUGUGCAGAUUCAUGUAUCUGUAUAAAAUAUGUGCUGUAUAUGGAUGAGCAAGGAGAUCAACAUCAGCCUUCACCAGCUUGGAACCCUGCAGCUGUUUUCAACUACAGUUCCCAUCAGUCCUAGUCAUCCCAGCCAAUGGGAUGGGAGUUGUAGUCCAAAAUAUCUGAAAGGCACCAAGUUGCCAAAGGCUGGCCUAUUUAAUUAUUGGGUACAUAGUGUGCAUUUAUUACUUCCACUACAUCAGGCUAUAGCCAGAAUAACUUCACCAGAGUUAACAAUUUACAUAAUUAUAUAUGUGAAUUUAACGCAAAAUACACCAAAUUUGAUAUAUUAUACUAUAAAACAUAAUGGCACUUCACAGCAAAACCCAUUCAAAACCCAUGGUAAACUGCCCCAUCGAAUGCUAUACUAAACAUCCAUGCACCAGAGAAAUGUUGGUUCAAUCAAUUUUAACCUUGCUACAGAUAAAUAAACUUUGGGGUGGGGGAGUGAACAAACAUGUAAGAGAGAAAAGGCUGGGCUACACUAGGACUCCAUAGAAUAAUAAUAAAAAAACAACUAGCAGAGAUCUUGCUGUUGGAAGAUGACUUAAAAGCCAGUAGGUUCGGUCUGGGGGUACCAACAGGACACAUUGCACUAAAAUACAGGCAGCCAGUCUAUGGCCUGUGUGCUCCAUGGCCCUGCUUGACACGAUUUCUGGCACACAUACCAAGAAAGUUGGCCAUCAUGGCACUAAAGCACCACAGCUUUUUUUUCCCCUUUUAAGUUGCUGAUGAAGCAAAACUCCACAACUGCUCUGAGCAAUGAAUUCCCCAGGCCAACUGUCCUUUACUUAUAAAACCUUGUUGCAUACUGAUUUCUCUUUACCCUUGCCUCCCUGCAGUGUUUUCUGUAUACUAAACAUGUCUUUUGACAGUGCAGUGACCAAAGCUGGACAGUAACUCCAGCUGAGAACCAAUACUGCUAACUAUAAUGGUGCUAUAAACUCCUGGGUCUUUCAUAUGAAUCUGCUGUUAAUGCCAACCAAAAUGAUUUUUAUUUUUUUGCAUUUCCUGGCCUUAUAGUAAACACCUCAUUAUUGAAUGUUAGUGUGGCCGUUGUGUUCUGUAAUACCUUGCACUAGAUGUUUUAGACAUUUAUUGGUAAUGUAAGUACACCUUAAGAAACUGAUGUGUGUGUUGCCAGCUUUUUGUCUUUUGUUGGAAAAAUGCCUUACCAUAGUGAAUUAACACUGGAGAACACUGCAGUGUCAGCCAUUGUACAAGAUUUGUACUGUACUAUGAAACAUUAAAGGCCAGCGCCUUGAAACUAUACAACUAUGAUGACCAAUGUAUAAGAGACCAGUUGUGAUCUUAACUGAUUUUGUGGCUUCAGUUGAAGUAAUAAACUGUGUCAUGGGCUUGACUA